AUGCCUGACGAAUACGGCGCUGACGAUGCGCUACUGGCCGCCAUGGCCGCCGCUGACCCGGCGCCGCCCGUCACACGCCCGCUCGCGCCGCCUCAACCACGACCGCAAAAGGUUCAGCAGCCCACACCGCAACGCCUUGACAAAGCACCUCCUGCAGCUUCGGGAGCAGGAGGGAAAGUAGUCCAGCCGACUCCCCAGUCGCUUCCCCAACGACAGGGCGCAUCCAAUAUUCUUGUCUCGCCGCGGCAGCGCGGCAAUCCUGUCCUGACACACAUCAAAUCCAUGCCGUGGGAGUAUAGCGAUAUCCCAGCAGACUAUGUGCUCGGCACCACGACAUGCGCGCUAUUCCUGAGUCUCAAAUACCACCGCCUUCAUCCCGAAUACGUCUAUACUCGAAUCCGAAACUUGCAAGGUAAAUACAACCUACGAGUCCUGCUCACCAUGAUCGAUAUUCCAAACCAUGAAGACCCCUUGCGCGAGCUUUCCAAAACCUCCAUGGUCAAUAAUGUGACCGUCAUCUCAUGCUGGUCAGCCGCUGAGGCUGCCCGCUACCUGGAACUCUACAAAGCUUAUGAGCACGCCAGCUUUGACGCGAUUCGCGGCAAACAAUCGUCCAGCUACGCUGAGCGACUUGUGGACUUUGUCACCGUCCCACGCAGCUUAAACAAAUCCGACGCUGUCGCCCUCGUGGCCAAUUUCGGCAGCCUGAAGAACGCCGUCAAUGCCGACGCUGAGCAGCUCGGCAUGCUCAGCGGCUGGGGUGGUGUCAAAGUCAAGCGCUGGAGUGCCGCCAUUGAGGAGCCAUUCCGGGCGAAAAAUGCAUCUAAGCGUAUUAUGCCGACUGGUGACGCUGCCGCUGCCGCCGCCCUUGCUGAACCCGGGGCAGGCGACAGAGCAUCGAGGCUGAAGGAGGCGGUGCCUCUCUCGCGCGUGCCGCUGAGAGAUAUGCCAGCUCGUCCAGCCACGGCGACAGCUCCUAACGGGGGCCAGGCACUGAAUUCAAGCAAGCAAUUCCAAUUUCGUGGCGACUCGGACGACGAGGAUGACGAGUUGGAAGCUGCCACGACCGCCACGUCAGAAUCGCAGGCAACCAGCAAACCCACGCCACCCGAGGCCAACAAGGCUGAAGAGCUAUCUGACGGAAUUGCUGCUGCAUUGGCAAAGCUUCGCAAGUGA